GCUUGAUUACUCCGCUCACAUCCGGGGCCCUGCAUGGUUCUUCUGCCCUGCUCUCCCCAGAGCUCCCAACCAGGCACCCCCACCUCCUACCCCCACAGGCCUGUCCUGUCCAUCCUCCAUGAGUUCGAGCUUCCCCAGCCAUCCAUCUCCGACCCAGUCGUGUGCACCAUCUCUGACAACUUCCUCCACAUCUCAUACACCCAGGCUGCUCCCCUACUAAAACCCAGAGCCACGUGCUCUGACCCUCUGCCAUGCUCCCAGCUGUCCUGUGCUGUCUCAAUGUGUCUGUGUGCGUCACACGUUCAGAGUACGGUGCAUGAGAAGUGUGUGGUCGGUGUGAAUGGUUUCGAAAUGUUUCUGGGAAGAACCUACCUCAGUGGUCAGCAGAGAGAGGGAACUCGAAGGCCCACGGCUGGAGGUCAGGAACUCCUUGCUUGAAUCUCGGCAAGAAGUGGAUGCCCAGGCACUGGCAAAGAAAGCCCAUUUGGAUAUGACUAUGACCCCUACCUGUAUACAGCUCAUGGGGUCUCCCCUAGGAAAGUUAAAGUAGGUGUAGGUAAUGGUGGUUUAUAAAGUAGCAGGGUCUGAACACAGAAUGAAAGUCUUAAGAGAAAAUAUGGGUAGUUAAAAGAAGGCAAUCCCAUACAGAACUUGGGGGAAUAUUGCACCGGCUUCUUCUACGCUUCAAUAUUAGUCUUGCAUGUCCACGCUGAGCUGAGCACCCUGGAGAAGGGCAUGCAGCCAGCCACCCUACUCCCUUCAUUCUGAAGGCCAGGUAGAAUACGUUUUCACUCGCAUUGCCUGUCAGAGAGGUCUGAUGUGAGGUGUUUAGAUAAAAGGUGACUUCGGGGUUCUUUCUUGACUUAACGAGAUAAGGUAAAGAAACCUAGGUCCACAGGCCCUUCAGCGUGACGCCCGUGGCAAGGCCGAGGGGCCCAGCAGAGAUGGGAACAAAUAUAGAAAUGGUAUUCCUAACAAUCAGUGCCUUUAAGCUUCUGGUAGCUUCUCCAAGCUCUUUCCACCAAUAGCCUGUGCUUGUAAAAACAGCCUUGGAGACCCCUGCUAUUUGGUGUUGAGUCUGGCUCCAGACAAGGUAUGUGGAACGGACGGCCUUUCUCGGAUUUCUUUAAUGUUCCAACAAAGAUUAGCCCUGGCCUGGCACAAACACUUCACGUUGGCAUCUCUAACAACCCUUCCCAUGCUGUCUUUGGCCGGUGUCUCCCCCGAAAGAUAACAGGGAAAGUAUGCCUCUGGGGUUUAUUUAAUAUACAACAAAGAAAAACAGACACAGCUAAGGUUGACCGGGGCCCCUACAGUCUUGGGUGACCUGGCCCCUCUCCCACCCCUGCCUCUCUCUUCUGAUGCUGGACAUGCCCAAUUGCUCUACCAUUGAUUCCAGACCAAUUUUAACCAGUCAAAAUAUGUUACUUUGUAGACCUGACUUGAUAGACACCCAAGUGAAACAAACUGAUAAUUCUCCCUUAGGAACAAGCGAUCAUUUUUCUCUUAAAAAAAAAUUGCACUUGCCAUUCUAUGUGCUAAUGGACAAAAGGGCUGUGUGUUUUUGACUUUGUCUAAUAAGCCCGUUUAGCCCAGUCAUAAUUUUUUUAAUUAGAAAUCAAUACAAUAUGCAUCCCAACCUUCCUCCUGCGCCCCUUCUCACUCUUGAAAUUCUGAGGUUUAAAGUCCCAUCCACCCAGGGCUUGGUCUCUGAGUGCUCCUGGUUUCUACCCCGGGAAGCUGCAAGAAUUCCAUUUCAAUCCGACCCAUUCUUUUCACAACUGAAAUGGAGCCUGAGAUCACUUGUAGACAACCCUCACCGCCAAGCCUGUGGAGACAUCCUCCUCACAUUGUCCACGAUUAUUUUUAAACCCACUCUGCAAAAAUGAAACAAAACAAAACAAAACAAUAACAGAGCCAUGGAGACCGAACUUCUAGAAGCUGCUCUCCCCUAUUUCUCUUCCCUGAGAGUGGCAUUUUUAAAUACGGGUUUAUGUCAGACACUAAACAGUCCCCACACAAGAAUGCCUAUCUCCAAACCUCCUUGGAAUCCUGCCCCAAACUGGAGAUAUUCUUAGCUGCGAGUCUCCUGCCUUGAACUAGGUAGAAAGAAAGGCUGGCGUCUAAAAGGAAUAGAUGGAAUUCUCUAAAUAGUUGCUUGAUUUUUUUUUUUGAAAUGUUCAAAUAUUUAUACGCUAUUUACUUUCUGGGUUUUUUUUUUUAACUCAGUGAGGUAGUUAAUAUUUUGUUAUUAGUUAAAUUUAUCCUGGCUAUAGUUCCCCCUUCCCACUCUCUUCCCAUUUCCCACCCCUAUCCAUUCCUCCUCUGUUUCUGUUCGUGUUAUUUGAUUUUAAUGGGAAUGAGACCACAGAGGAUGCUGGCAUAUUGCCAGUUAGGAAAGGGCAUUUGGAAGGGGGCGUCACGGGCAUCUCUGUCUAUAGCCCCGUCUCUUUGACCAUUGACUCUCAGCCUUUGCUGCAAUUUGCCCGUUGGAUGGCGAGACCUGAGGAGAGUACACACCACCCGGCACACACCAGGCUUCUCCCACGUUUGUAUCUAAUCAACGUAGUUGAAACAAAAUCAAGUUAGUAGUUAGUAUAUGAUCUUACUAUUAACUGAUUUCAGUCUAAAAUAAGUUCUCUUAGCAGCUAGGUAAGAAAACAAGAGAAAAAUAUUCCGGGAUUUUAACUCAAUGGUUUAUUUGAACAUCUCUAAUAGUGUUCUCAGUGCAUAUUACUCUUAAAUCCCGAGGCAACAUGUGUGCAGAAUGUUGGCUCUUUUCCCAGUUCCCCCACAGAUGUCAAGCAUUUAGACACAGAAGCGACAUGGCAGGACACUGAUGCCUCUGGACCUGCACCGUAUCAUUGCCACGAUGUUGCUGUCAGAAGACUCCAUUGGUCCAUCACCCCUCCCAGGUCCUGUCUGGGCUUGCUUGCACAUCCUCCGGCUAGAAACUCCCAUGUGUCCCGUGUCACGAGUGGUAUCACAGUUGCCUUGGCAACCAAGCCAGCUCUGGUUUCCAAACCUCACUUGCUACAUCAUAAAUUGAAACAGCAGGGUUGACACUUAGUUCCAUGGCCGUCAUAGAAAUGAAGUUCUUGGAAUGAGUCUCCUCACAGCUGCCUGCCUUGACAGGGAAACUGAAGGCACCCAUCAGAACAAAAGCAUGAUACGUAUUUCACAUACGUGCACGCACAUACGUGCGCACGCACGCACACACAAAGUAGUCCUCAACUUGGACAAGGGAUGUAUUUGCUUAAUUCAUUGUCUGAGAUGCUGAGCCACACAUAUUAUUCUCACCAUGCCAAAAUUCUGUGGUAGCUUUAUCUUACGAUCAGAACAGAGCUCAUAGGACGCCAUUACAUACGCAAUAUAAACAGGAUGAUGAAUGAUAGAAAACUAAACUUGUGAGAAAAAAAAAGUAAUAUUCAAAGACUUCUUGGCUUUGCUGGAUACCGUUAUUUACACUGAUUGGAAGUAAGACUUGAUCACAGAAUAGUCUAGUAACUAAAUCAGAAUCUCAAAGACAAGAUACGCCUGCUUCUCACUUAUGUAUUCAUGCAUAUUUUUACACAGAUUAUUUACAUAUUAUUCUAGCCUCCAGGAACCUUUGGUAAUACCUUCACAUUGAGAUGAUUCUCACCAUGCAGAACAACACGGUCACCUGCUUUGAGUCCUGGGUUUUCUUUUGCAAUGUGAGAACAUCUUAAACUCAGGAAUUUUGCCUCUGUGCUGCUGCGGUCCGAUGCGAUUCUUUUUCCUGCAAAUACAAGGAAAGACUCAACUUGAGAAUUACAUUUAAGGCGAGCACCCUGCUGCGCGCUGCAUCAGAGGUGACUACCUUCAGAAAUUCGGUGGCCGCCCGCUUAUAUUUGUUUCCAUUGAUAUGUAGGAAGAAAAGCUCAUUAAUGAUUUAAGAAGAGGUUUUUCUUUUUGAUUCAUAGACUUGCUUCUUCCCAUUACGUAAACAAUAAAGGCAAUAAAUUAACGCCUCAUAAAAUCACGAGUUUAUUGCUGAGUUUAUUUGCAAGAAAGUCUUGACUCCCCGAGCCUAAAGAGUCCUGCUCUCACUUCCCCUGCCUGGCUGUUCUAAAAAGGAUCACUCGGCAUAUUUUAGCCUAGAAGGGAGGUUUGUUUUCCUGCUUGCCAGCUACCACCAAGCACCAUAUUUGAGCAACUGUAUCAUACAGCAAUUCUUUGACUUCUAGAAUGGUCUGAUGUUGUGGUCCUCUGCUUUUCGAUCGCGAACCCCAACUCCCUCAAUCAUGUGAAAACCAUGUGGUAUCAAGAAAUCAAGCACUUUUGCCCUCGAACGCCUGUCGUCCUGGUCGGCUGCCAGCUUGACCUCCGCUAUGCCGACCUGGAAGCUGUCAACCGGGCCAGACGCCCCUUAGCAAGGCCCAUAAAGAGAGGUGAUAUUUUACCCCCAGAGAAAGGCCGAGAGGUGGCGAAGGAACUCGGCAUCCCUUACUACGAGACCAGCGUGUUUGACCAGUUUGGCAUCAAGGACGUGUUCGACAACGCCAUCCGCGCAGCCCUCAUCUCCCGCCGGCACCUGCAGUUCUGGAAAUCCCACUUGAAAAAAGUCCAGAAGCCUCUGCUUCAGGCGCCCUUCCUACCUCCGAAAGCCCCUCCCCCGGUCAUCAAGGUCCCUGAGUGUCCGUCCACGGGGACCAGCGAUGCCGCCUGUUUACUGGACAACCCUCUGUGCGCCGACGUCCUCUUCCUUCUCCAGGGUCAGGAGCACAUCUUCGCGCACCGCAUUUACCUCGCUACCUCUUCUUCCAAAUUCUACGACCUUUUUGUAAUGGAGUGUGAGGAAUCCCCUGGCUGGGGUGGAGGAGCUGGCGAAGAGGGGCCAUGCAGGGAUUGUCAGGGGCGGGUGCAAAGCAUGAGCCCAGCCGAGGAAGGGGGAAAAAGUCCCCAGAGGACCCCUCCGGCUGGCCCAGGGGCCUCUUCAGGCCAGGACCUGUUGGAGAGUCUGACUUUGCAGACCGAAGCCUCGGGUUCUGAGGCACAGGCCCUGUCCGGCUGGAGCAAGGGGUUUGUCAGCAUGCACAGGGAGAUGCGGGUCAACCCCAUUUCGAAGCGGGUAGGCCCAGUGACCGUGGUCAGGCUGGACUCGUCGAUGCAGUCAGGGCCUUUCCGGACCCUGCUGCGAUUCCUCUACACGGGGCAGCUAGAUGAGAAGGAGAAAGAUUUGCUGGGACUGGCUCAGAUGGCCGAGAUCCUGGAGAUGUUCGACCUGAGGAUGAUGGUGGAGAAUAUCAUGAACAAGGAAGCCUUUAUGAACCAGGAGAUCACGAAAGCCUUCCACUUCAGGAAAGCCAACCGGAUCAAAGAGUGUCUCAGCAAGGGCACCUUCUCAGAUGUGACGUUUACCUUGGAUGAUGGAGCCAUCCGUGCCCACAAGCCACUAUUGAUCUGUAGCUGCGAGUGGAUGGCCGCCAUGUUCGGGGGGUCCUUUGUGGAAAGCGCCAACAGUGAGGUGCAUCUCCCCAGUAUAAACAAGACGUCAAUGCAGGCGGUAUUGGAAUACCUCUACACCAAGCAGUUGUCGCCCAACUUGGACCUGGACCCCCUGGAGUUAAUUGCCUUGGCAAACAGAUUUUGCCUGCCACACUUGGUUGCACUCGUAGAGCAGCACGCCGUCCAGGAGCUCACAAAGGCUGCCAUGAGUGGAGUGGGCAUCGAUGGUGAAGUGCUCUCUUACUUGGAAUUGGCACAGUUUCACAAUGCCAACCAGCUAGCCGCCUGGUGUUUACACCACAUCUGCACCAACUACAACAGUGUCUGCUCCAAGUUCCGCAAGGAAAUCAAAUCUAAGUCGGCAGACAACCAGGCGUACUUUGAGAGGCACCGCUGGCCCCCCGUGUGGUACCUGAAGGAGGAAGACCACUACCAGCGUGUGAAGAGGGAGCGGGAGAAAGAGGACCUGGCGCUGAAGAAGCACUAUUCAAGGAGAAAGUGGUUUUUCUGGCACUCGUCCCCAGCUGUGGCCUGAAGGGGACCAAGGGGAUCGCCAUCCACUCUGACCACCCCUACCAUUGACAGCUCUACUGUAAAAACCAAUCUCCUCAGCCGUUUGCGCAGUUAGGGUUUCGGGCACUGGCUUUUCCACUUGCGUGCGUUUCUCUCCAUCAGGAUCAAAGCACAAGCUCGCCAUCCACGAGCCUGGACAUAAAAGGAAGUUGACUAACUCACCGCAUUCCUUCAGCCCAUACCUGUCUUUUUUUUGUUGUUGUUGUUAGGAAGCUCAAUACUCUUUAGUCCAUUCAUCAUUUGUUCCUUUUUAUACAUACAAAGACAAAGCAAAUCCAGCUUUCAUACUUCAGAUUCCGAUUGGAAAGUAUUUUUAUAUGGUCUCUUGUAUUCAGUUAAAAUGACAAUACUGUGUAUUACUUCACUUCAGAGGCCACACGUUGACCACGAAGUUGCCCCGUGAUUCUCUCGGCCCCCGCAUGACCACAGUCGAGCGUUGCUCAUAAUUACAGACUUAUCCUCUUGUUGUGAGGUAAAGGGUUGGGCUGAGAUCACCCCCCCCCACCGAAGUACAAGCUGGAAGUGCUUAAUCUUUGUGCUGAUGAACAACACCGGUAUAAUUACCUACUUACAAGAUUUUUUUCUAUUUAAGUGCUAGUAAUUACAUAGUUAUCUGUGCCAUAUAAACGACAGUGAGGGCAAAUAUCUUAUUGUUUAAGUUGUCUAGAUUCAAGAGGAUAAUCCUCAUAAUCACUAGAAGGGCUCAUUAAAUCCCAGUACUAUCAGGGGCAAGACCAGCUGGCGGACCUGGGUACCUACGACAGAGUUCAAGUGCCACUACCGUUGGAUGCCCGUAUCAGAGUCGGUGGCUCUCGGUGUUCUGGUAUCUUAAUGUGCUUCUCCUGGCACACUAAGUCCCGUAACCUGAACAGAGACGAGCAAAGCGGGGAAAGCUCGCCCCACUGUCUACCGGUCUGUCACCUCGGCCCUUCGCACCCGCGGCCAACUUCACUUUGUAAGACAUGUAUUUUUUUUUUUUUUAACUCUUCCCAGGGAAAAUUCAGGUUACCACUAAAGUAGGCCAAGGCAGACCACCUGCUUCUACGGCAGUACCACGGAGCCUGUGAAAGCCCAGCGCUGGAGGCCGGGUCUUGCUUUCUCCAGCAGAGAAAGGAGCCAAAUCCCAAGAGCCUAGGAAAUGGUGCUAUCGUGUGGUAGUUCUGACCCUGUGUCCUUUGGGAAGUUCAGUGUUAGAACCCAACGUGGGGAGCAGGGGAGCUCUCAAGAGGCAUCAAUAUCAUUGCCCCUUGGCAGAUUAAAAUGUUACAGUACACACACACACACACACACACACACACACACCAUUAGAGAGUCAUAGCACCUCACCUACCACGGGAUGUUGCGUGCUGGACACUGGGUCUCAUCCUGUUGGGAGGUCACCUUACUGACGCUAAGGGCUAUUGAUUUUUUUGUUUGUUUGUUUUUGUUUUCUAGGUUUUUUUUUUCUAAAGAUGGAAAGGAGACAGUUGAGUCCAAACUCCAAAUGCCAUAUGCAUUUGAAAAAUCUGUGUAGACCACAGGCAGAUGAUUGUUUCUGGCACGGCCACGUACCAGAUUCAAGAGCUUAGAAAGGCCUGGGAAUGCAUCACCCUCUCGUGGCAGAGAGGGAGCAGUGGAAGAGGGAGGCUCAUCAAGCCUUCCCCCUUAACUUUGUUAAUAGGGCACACAGCUAAUGGAAGGAAAGGGUAUAUAGAAAGAGAGGCUGUAGGUCAAGACUCGGGGAGAAAUGGCAUAUGGCCACCUUAAAAAUCCCCGAGGUUGUGUUUUCAGUGAGUAGUCCUAGUCAGAUUUAACAACCAAAGCUCCAUCUGAUUGUACUCUUGCCAAAACCUAACAGACACAUCCAUGAACAUGGGGCGUAAGCAAUAAUAUCCACUCGUGUUCUUCACAGCUGCUGGAACCAAGUGGCUGGUUCAUUUGGUUGGCACUGAUUAGCCUUUAACCAUGGUGGUUUGUUUCGUGUUUUUUAUUUCACAAAAAAAAGCCAAUAAAAUUGUUUAGCUACA